UUCAGAGGUGUUCCUCCAUGUGGUGAGGGCAUCCAGACCUGUUUAUUGAAUGUUUAAAGCAAUUUCUACAAUUAUUGGGUCGCACUUUGGUUAAAUUAGACAUAUCACUAUGCCUAUAUAUUUUCAAAAACCUGAAAAUGCUCUUAAAAGAGCAAAAGAGUUUAUUGAUGUUGGUAAGAAGCAGCCUGCUUUGGAUGCCUUGUAUGAUGUCAUCAAAAGCAAAAAGCAUCGUACUUGGCAGAAGAUCCAUGAACCGAUAAUGACGAUGUACCUGACCUUGUGUGUCGAGCUUCGUAAAAGCCACACUGCCAAGGAAGGCCUUUACCAGUACAAGAUCAUUUGUCAACAGAUGAAUGUAAAAUCACUGGAAGAUGUUGUGAAACAGUACUUGGAUAUGGCGGAGGAGAAGACGGAAGAAGCGCGGAAAGAGUCUGAAGAAGAGGCUAAAAAAGUACAGGGAGAGGUAAUGGUGGUUGAUGAUCUGGAUAACAUUACAACACCAGAAAGCUUGUUACUGAGUGCGGUCAGUGGAGAAGACACGCAAGCACGUACUGACCGUGUCAUGUUGACGCCUUGGGUCAAGUUCCUAUGGGAAUCCUACCGCCAAUGUCUGGAUCUUUUGCGUAAUAACACCAAAGUUGAGCAGCUGUAUCAUAUCAUUGCACAGAAUGCUUUCAAGUUCUGUGCCAAAUACAGCAGGAAAACUGAAUUUCGCAAGCUGUGCGACAACUUGCGUUCUCAUUUGGGAUUGGUACAAAAGCAUCACAAUCAGCAGACCGCCAUCAAUUUGAAUAAUGAGACGAGCCAGCAACUUAACAUGGAAACCAGGCUGAUGCAGCUGGAAACCGCCAUCAGCAUGGAACUCUGGCAGGAAGCCUACAAGGCAGUUGAAGACAUUCACAGCCUAAUGGGUUUGUCCAAGAAACCUCCAAAGCCCCAGAUGAUGGCAAACUACUAUCAGAAACUAGGACUUGUGUUUUGGAAGUCUGGUAAUGCGUUAUUCCAUGCCUGCGCUCUGCACCGUUUGCUGCAGUUGUCCAGGGAACAGCGCAAGAACCUCACCCCAGAGGAAACGCAGAGGAUGGCUUCCCGUGUUCUAUUGGCAACCCUGACGAUCCCAAUUUCUCCACCUCGGAAUGACAUUGGGAACAUGCUGGACAUGGGAAACACAGCCAUGGAGAACCAACGUAAAUUGGCAAAUCUCUUGGGAUUGCAGAACCCACCAACUAGAGUUCAGCUUAUCAAGGAUUUGGUAAAAUACAAUGUGGUGCAAUUUGUUCACCCACAACUUGCUAACCUGUUCAACUACAUGGAGGUACAGUUUCACCCGUUGAAGCUGUGUAACCGUGUUGUCGAGAUUUUUGACUACCUGCGCGAAGGCAAUGAGGCAGACUUCUUGCAGUAUGUGCCGUUCCUGGAGACCAACGCUAUCGUUCGCCUUCUGAAGCAAGUUUGUCAAGUAUACCAAACGAUUCAGUUUAAGCGGCUUUGCACGUUGGUGUCAUUCGCAACUCCGUUUCAGCUGGAGAAGAUCAUAGUGGAUACCGCUCGAAAUGGUGACGUCUCUGUCCGCAUGGAUCAUGGCACUCAGUCUUUGAGCUUUGGUAAGGAUAUGUCCGUGUCCACGACAGAGUCGUCAGAAGGACCAACACUUCAACCGAUGCCAGCAGAACAGAUCCGCAACCAGCUCACAGAGAUGUCGUCAGCUCUCCACAAAUCCCUUCAGCUGAUAAAGCAUCAAGACAUUAAGGCUGAUCUUCUUGAUCAGAAGCAGAAAAUCAUUCGAAACUAUGUGCGCAGUUGUCGGAAAGAGCAUGAACUUAUUCUGGCACGUCGCCACACCAUCGAGGACCGUAAAGAAAAGUUGGAAAGCCUCAGCAAUCAGCGAGAAAAACAAGAACAGGAAGCAUUUGAAGAGCAGCAGAAAAAGCAACGCACUGCGGAAGAGCAGCGGUUGAAACGAGAAGCUGAAGAGCGUGCACUGAAGAAGAAGAAAGAUGAACUGAAGGAGAUUCAGAAGAAACAAGCUCAACAACGACUUGAUAACUUAAAGCAAUCUGCUUUGGGAAAGAAGGUUAUUGAGAAACUUAACAAAGAGGAGCUAGAAUCUCUGGAUGUUGAUGAUAUUUAUGCCAAGCAGAUUGAACAGUUGGAGGCAGAGAAGAAAGAGCUGCAGAACCGACUGAAAACACAAGAGAAGAAGGUUGAUUACUUUGAACGUGCAAAACGUGAGGUAGAAAUACCAUUUUUGAAAGAACAGUAUGCGGAAAGUCAAGUGAAGGACCGUGAAUUGUGGGAACAACAGGAAGAACAAAGAAUCACUUUGAUCCAAGAAGAGCAUAGGCAGGCUGAAGAAAGCUGGACAAGGCUCUCCAGGAUGGCGAAAGACCGUGAUGAAUUCCUGGGCAAGCUAAAGCAAGCACGUGCCUCGGUCUACAAAGAGAAGCUGAAAAAAUUUGAAGAAAUGCUAUCAGAAGAGCGUAAAGUACGUUUGAUGGAGCGUAAGCAGCAUCGUAAAGAGGAGCGCCGUGCCAAAUGGCUGAAGGAGAAAGAGGAAGAAGAGCAACGUCUUCGUGAUGAAGAAGCUAAACGAAAGCGAGAGCUUGAGCGCGAAGAACAAGAGAAGGAAGAGGAGGAAUAUCGAAAAAAGUUGGCCAAACUCCAGGAACAAGAUCAAAUAAGACGUGCACGUGAAAAGGAAAUUGAGGAAAGAGAGGAGAGGGAAAGGAUGUCUAUGGGAAACCGACGUUAUGACCCACCAUCACAGGGUGACGAUAAACCUUGGAAGCGUGGCGAAGCAGAUGCUGAGGACUCAAAUAGGAACAUGGCAUGGCGCCCAAAACAAAGAGAAGGAGGUGGCGGCUGGAGAGAGCGAGUUAAAGCCAAGGAAGAUUCUUGGAAAGGGGAAAAUUACGAUGAAGAAAGUGAAUCAAGAUCAAGCUGGCGUAGAGAUGGAGAUGACCAUCAAAGAGAUGGAGAACCACCAAGAAGAGAUGAACAUGAUAGAGAUGAACGGGGUGGUCGUAGGGAUGAAGAUGAUGGAGGAAGCUGGAGAAGAGGUGGAGAACCUCCAGAACGUUAUGGAGGUAGAGAUGAUGGGCCCAGUCGCGGAGGUGGAUGGAGAGAUAGGCCAAGAGAUUACGGACCACGAGGUGGGGAUAGGUAUGAAGACAGAGGACCACGAGGUGGUGAUCGAUAUGAUGACCGUGGGCCACGAGGUGGUGAUCGAUACGAUGACCGUGGACCACGAGGUGGUGGUCGGUACGACGACCGAGGGCCACGAGGUGGUGACCGGUACGAUGACAGAGGACCACGAGGUGGUGACCGGUAUGACGACAGAGGACCACGUCGUAUCCCAAUGCGCGAUGAUAGAGGACCGGAUGACCGUGGAUCUCGCGAUGUUUGGCGUAGGAGAGAUGACCCACCACCGAGAGGUGAUGGGUUUAGAAGUGACAGAGGCCCACCUAGGGAUGAUCAUGGUCCACCGCCUAGAGAGGAUCGUGACCGUUGGCGAAGGAGCGAUGGUCCUCGCGAUGGUCCACGUGAUGAGUGGAAAAGAGACCGAUAUAACAGAGAUGAACCUCCAGCUGAAAAAGGUCCAUGGAGACGAGGUGGUGCACGUGAACCAUUAGACCCACCAAGAGACAAGUGGAGAGGGCGAGACGAGGGUCCACCCCUUGAGAAAAAACGUGUAGAUGAUAAUGGUGGACAAGAUGAUGAUGGUUGGACUACAGUAUCACGUUAAAACAAAAUGUCACAAAUUAAAAUAAAUGCACUCUAUAUUUAAAUCUGUUAGAUGUAAUAUCAAAAUACUACUAACACAGAAUUAAGCUGCACUGUAAAUCUUUGAAUAAGCGCUGCACCAACCGUGAGUUGUUUCACUAAGCGCUGCUCUUAUGCGAGUGAAUAUAGCCCUGUGUGUAAUGAAACACUUAGAGAAACAGGAUAGUAAAUCCAAUGUAUACAGCGUUCAAAUAAACACAAUGAAAAUACACUACUAGCAUAAUAUCUUUAUAAACAUUUAUUUAAGAUGAUGUAGGGCCUGUGAGGCUUACCAAACUAAAGGAAUACGCGAGAUAGGUAACAAUAAGCGCCGCACCGAAGCCUCCAAGAAUUUUAUAAGUGCCGCAGUGCUUAUUGGAGGAUUUACAUUAAUCUUGAAAAUAUUAGUAUACAGUAUAUGGAUUACGCUACUAAACUUAGUAUAAAUUUUAGUUUUGUUUUUUUUUUUCUAAUCCUACAUAUCAAAUGUUAUACACAUAUGGAAGCCUGUUUUUAAUGGCUGUGGAUAUAUUUAUAUUUUGCCAAAACAGAUGAAGAAAGCAUCAAAGCAAUAUGCACAUGCAUACAUCUACAUGUAUUGAGCUUCACUCGUUUAAGCAUGGUUUCCUUAAAAUCGGGAAGGCCCUCCGACUUGAUCAACCAAUCAGCAUCACCAAAAGCUGUCGGUGAUAGCCUAUAGCGAUUGUAUGGAAACCAAGCUUCAAAAGGUUUGAUUUCAUUCCUUCAAAAUAAAGUUCUGUGGCCUACUACUAGCAGUAGUAAGAGUACUGUAGUAGAAUCUGGCUUAUCUUAGUACAUUGUGGAGAUUAAAUUGUUCUUGGGAACUACCGAAUUGCACAAAUGGGAAAAAUUAAGAAAAUGACAAGCUGAGGGUGUACCUAUGUGCAAUUCAGUGUGAUGAAAACAUAUUACAUACUGUAUUUCAUUGCCUGUUUACAGCUACUUAAAUUACAUCAGCUAGCAGCACAAUAAUAUCGUGAUUAAUGAAACUCUCAAUCAAUUUAUUUCUUUAAAAACUAAAAAAAAAAAACUGCCGGAGAUUUUAUCAUUAAAGAUAUACUGUCUGAUUUAAGGUAAUGAAUAAAAUUCUGAUACAUUGAUUUGUAUAUGUAAGUACUUUUCAAUUGCAAACUGGGGGAAAAAUUUUAUUAUCAGACGACACAUAAUACCAUUUUUUCUUUGCAUAGAUUCUCAAAUUGGAUGGUAAUUGACUGAAGAUUUUUGUAGUAAAAUGUGCUAAUCAGUGAAAACAACUGUCUGGAUAAAUGGAGAACUGAAAUUUUUGAGAUUUUUCCUGAUUUCACUCAUAUGCAACAAAUUCAUUUUAGUUGGAUAGUAUCUAACAUUUGAUAAAUUAUAUAUAUUCGUGCAAAAUUGAUACUCAUUAAGGUGCUUAUAAUAUGUGCUAUUGAUUUAUUAAUUUCUCUUUCAAUUAUUCUUUAAUUAUAAAAUAAAUUUCUGUAGCCAAUUAUGGGUUCCUUACAUGCAAAAUCAUGGAAGUACCUGAGAAAGUCUUAUAAAACCCAUGUCAAUUGUAGAAGUAUUAUGCCAAGUACCUAUAACACUGCCUAUAUUGAUUUGACUUUUUGUUUGCAUAAUUUUAAGGUGCACAAUUGCCAUGUUUUGGGUGAUUCCCAUAAAAUGAAAAUUUAAUAUUUUUCACUGGCACAUUAUUUUUCAAUUCAUGCACACAAUAUUUAAACUUGUUAUUGUCACAAACUCCAUCCAACAAUAUCUCGCUACUAGUGUGAAAUAAUGUAUUGGUGUACUCGGUAUUACAAUUAAAGUACUGAUGAAAGGUAUUUCAAA